GUUGCUUGUUACCACCUGCCACGACAACAACAACAACCGUGGUCGCUCCCGUGUGUCCUUCAGCGAGCCAUUAUCAACCCUCUUCGCAAUGUACACGAUGCUGCUCAUCUCCGACAUCUCGAAUCAUCUGGGUGGGUACCCAGUGUCGGUUUUGACCGCGGCUCCGUCAUGUCCAGAAUGUCUGCAUACGCGCAAGUCAGCCUCGGGCGAGUCAUCAACGUUCAACGGCAUCCGCUAGCUUGUCCUCGGAAAAUUUCUUGUAGUCUCCAGCUCUGACGACCAUCUCAACCACGCUUCUCAACUCACUUGCUGUAUAAUUUGAGUUCUAUUCGGACUGUUCAUCCAGGCGCCAUGAAGGUUUUGCUCCAGUACUCUACUCGCGCAGAACUCGACCCCGUACAAAUUCAGCGAGACUGUAUGCUCAUUGGCAGCGAGUUCAGGAUGUGUCCUGUCGAUAUCGCGACCUUCGCUGCUGUCGGGUUUCUGAUAUUUCUCAUUCUCCGGGGAAUUCCGAUGACUGUGGCCUUCGUCAAAUGGUGCAAGUCCAAACGGUCCAAACAAACCCCUCGACGGCUCUCGCUAUAUGCAUCGGACGUUGAAAACAGUCCUAAAGUCGAAGAACCAGAUAGCCCAGCUGAAGACGCGAAGUACGAUCGUGAUCCGUACCUUUCGCCCACAGAACGGCUCUUCACUUUUCUCCGCUCAGACAGUGCUCUUCCACAUCCUAUGCCUGCGGUUUCUCCACGACACCGAUGCAGCAUAGCAUUAGCUCCAACCGAAGAGGCUGUCACAGGGUCACCUUCUGACCCGAUGUUCAACGUUGGUCAGGUGGCUGACGGCUUCGUGAAGCCCCAAUCUACCUCAUUCCAAGCAGCCAUAGCGGGAGAGGCUGUACUCAGGUCUCCUCCACCGGUAUACUCAAGCCCUAACAGCGGAGGGAGGGCCUUGUUGCAGCAGUGAAUGCUCGUCCGUCCGUUGGUCUUAUUUUGUAUUCUCGUCGAUUGGCAAUUGUGCUUGAUGUCUAUUCGCUUUAACUUCUCGACCAAAUGGCUUUUAUGAUCACCAUUAGACAACCUCGCGCCUUGAGCGAUGCAACAAACCGAAUCAUGUGGCAAGCUGAGUGACUUCAAGAUCGAACAGUAGAUCAGCGUGCUUCCAACUGGGGAUUCGGGUUGACCGUGAGUAUCGGUGUACCAUCCACUUCGCGUAUGUGAGUCAUGUGAUAGAGCGGGCGGCUGUGAGCGAGGUGGAG